ACCACCAAGAGGAGCUCGUGUCCACUGACUUCCUCUUCUUGUACUGUUGAUCAGGCGAACAGUGGCUGUGUCACUUUAUCGGUUAACGUUACACCACUUCACGGGUUUUUAGUUUUAGAUUGCCUAGACCUGGCAACAACGAGGCGGACACUAUCACUCAAACGUGUUUGCAGGUGGUGAUUCUGCAAACUGCAGCAUGCAGCCGGCUGAAGCACAAAAAGGAGUUCCUUCCAAAAGCCAGCUGUUUAAUUCUCUGAAGAACUUUCUGAACAUCAAGAACAGACUCCAACCCAUUAUCGGCCUGGGAAGUAUUACAGAAUGUGUAAGGGCUGGUACACACAACAGAGAAGUACUGUACCUGUGUGAGGUGUGUGUGUGUCGACUUCAUGAUGUGACUGACAUGCGGAACCACAUUCUCGGAAGUCUCCAUAGAUACAACUACAUUAAAGUCUGGCACUCCCACUUAGUGUCUAAAUGGAAGAAGUCUGACCUGUCAAACCUAGCCCGGCCACUGAUGGAGAUGGCCAAGAUACUUGAGGGAAAAGAAGGACCUGGAGAUGUCCAGAGGUUAGAGGUUGGAGAUGCUGUAUACCAGAAGACGGCGACACUCAGUGAGAAUGACGCAGUAACUCUGAUAACUAUGUUAAGAGAUGGGCAGGGUGAACCUGUGCAGCUGGAGCAAUCACAGAGGAUUGUAUUGCUUGCCCGGAACCAACAAACACUGUCCAAAAACUCCCUCAAGACCUCAUCAGACGCAAACCAAACUGUAACUUUUAUCAAGCCAGAAAGCUGGGAAAAGAACACUUCAUCUGAACCCUGCGUGCUAUCAGAGAAUGGCUUUCUUGACGGCUACACAGGAACCAGGCCUCUUAUUGGUCUUUUCCGCAUGGUUGAAUGCAGAGGAGAAGAUGGCCAGACGUACUGUUUCUUAUGUCACUGCUGCCGCAUCAGAUCCAGCAAGAAGGAUCUCUUUAAUCACCUGACCGGAUCUUCCCAUCUCAUGAAUUACUUGAUGGAAACUCGUCCUGAGCAGGUGGAGAUAAUGAUGGCAGAUAUUAAUGACAACAAUGAGCUUCUCCAAUCACUGGCCAAGAAAGUGGAGCAAGAAGAGGGCAGAGGCAUGCCAACGGUGGUUAACGUACCAGGAUCCCUCUGUUUCCUACUGACUGUCAAAAGUUACCACUGGUGUAUAAAAAUGCUGUAUGAUGAAGGGACACAUACCAACAUCCAAAAGUCGAGCUCUGCCAAAGGGCCAAGUGAGAGCGAGACUUUACAUCAGAACAUGCCAGAGAAAUGUGCCAUGAUGCAGCCACAAUGGGCAAAAAGGAUGACCGCUAAGAGGAAAAAGAGGAAAGACACUAAUACUGUGUUUAAGGUAAGCUUGCCGCUCAGCAAAGGCUCAAUGCUGCUGAAGAGGAUGUCUUUCAGCAUGGACAGUCUCCCUGUGUCAUCUGCAUCCGACUCGGACCCUAUUCCCUCACCAGAGUCCCAGUCAGAGGACUGUGACUUGGACUAUGACCCUGACUCAUUUGCGAUGAAUCGUGCUGAACACACCUCACAAGUUCAGAAAGACCUCUAUAGUGGAGAUGAAAAUGCUGGUCAAAACUGGGGACCAGAAAGAAACGUCACAGUCCAUCAGUAUCAGGAGGUGGACGAUUAUUAUAAAGAAAACAAAUACUUCAAGCAGUCAGAAGACAUAACUGCAACAAAAUACCAAAAGGUUUAUGACGACGAUGAUGAUGAUGAUUACAGCAGUUCUCAAGAAAGAUCACAUGAGAGGUUUUACAAAGAGUGGAAAAAUGAAGGCCCACAGACACAAAAUGAAUGCCUGUCACCUGCUCUGUCCCACAGCCAGGACUGGCCAUCUUUGAACUCUUCUUACAGACUUGAGUGGUACAAUUCAACUUCGACAGUGUCAAAAGAAAACCAACAGAACGAGAGAAGCUCAGGUGAAUCUCAGUAUUAUUACCAACGGCAAAACCCAAGUCACUACACAGCACAAGAUGAAAGUCUUGAGACUGGCAAUGAGGGAAAGCAUGGUCAGUAUAAUGAGUUUGCUGCUCAUUCAGAUGUUGCUAAGAUCAACAUGCAUCAUCACUUAGGAUAUCCCCUUGCUCACAGUGGCAGCAUUGCACCAGAGCCUAGAGAAAAGUCUGUUAUUGAACAGAGACAAUUGCAAACAUACAUGGAGUUCCCCAUUGGUUAUUGCCAGACAGUUUCACAAGGUUAUAUGACACAGCCUGUGGCCCAUCAAACCAUCCCAGUAGGACAGUGGAUGAUGUCUAACCCCAGCUACAAUAUUGGACCUUUGACAUAUCCUCACCAGCACUUUCCUCAUCCAGUCAGCGAUGGGGCUGGUGGUUGGGCACAUGUCCCAGUCAAUUGGUUUCAACACAGGCAGGCUCUGAGUUACGGAGCCCACUCUAAUUCUAUGUCAGAUGUCAUGAUUUCAGGAAGUUCACAUUGAACAACUCCAUUUGUGUUUGCAUUAAGACGUCUGUACGUAGACGGCUAUUAGGCGUCUAUACGCAGACAUCUUUACAGAAACGGCUGUUAGACAUGGUACGAAUUUGACUGCAUUUGAUAUGUACAAGCUGUGCCUGAAUAUCUUCAUAUAUGAAUUUACUUUAAAAUUCAUCAAAAGUGUGAUGGCCUACCUUAUAUUUGUGCUCGAGUGUAUUUUUCUCUGAUUACCCCUUUUUUAUUUUUUACUUAUGAUAGAAGAUAGUAUUUUGUUGACCACUGUGUAAAAUGCAAUGGCACUGAUACUGACACCACAUUGCUGUAAACUAAAUUUCAGAUAUGAUGCAAGCGAUGAGUCACCUGUAGAUUAUGUGAGGCUAGGUAGCAUAUCAUUAAUGUUUUUUUUUUGUUUUUUUUAAUGAGCAGCUGGUGUAACAAUGCAAAUAGGCAAUGCUGUUGUGCAUAAUAAAUUCCUUUAAAAUAAAAAAACGUACUUUUUUUUUUUUUUCUUGUUAAAUC